AGGCGGGGCUUUCCUCAAUACGGGUAGGAAACGUAUAACGCCUGGAGGACCGACGUCAGUGUUUGUGUGCGGUUGUCGGAAAAAUGGCGGAGGCUGCGGCAGUCCCUCCGCAUCGGUUUUUCUGUCACUGUUGUAAAGGCGAAGUGAGACCAAAACUCCCGGAGUAUAUCUGCCCCAGAUGUGACUCUGGAUUUAUUGAGGAAGUGACAGAAGACUCCAGUCUUUUGGACAGUAGUACAAAUGGCCUUGAUGACACAGCAUCACAGUUUGCAGAGCUCUGGCAGCUUCUGUUUGUGGAGCGGCCGUUCACAGUGGACCUGGACAGCCCCGACUCAGAGCCACGGGUUCCAGGGGGUCCUGGAGGACUUGGUUUGGGAGGAGGGCCGUUUGGUGGCUCCGUCCCUGGGGGACUCAGCGGGAACCUUGGUGGCCCUUUAGGAGGAGGAGGAGAUCAUUGGGGCCCCAGCCGUCCCCCUCGCUUGCACACUCAGAGAAGAUACAGAUCCAGAGGAAGCAGUCGGCCGGAUCGCUCCCCUGCUGUAGAGGGAAUAGUACAACAGUUUCUUGCUGGCCUUUUUGCCAAUUCAGGUGCUCCAGGUUCCCCUCCACUGUCAUGGACAGGCAUGUUGCACUCAAACCCUGGUGACUAUGCCUGGGGGCAGGGGGGUCUUGAUGCAGUCAUUACACAGUUACUGGGUCAGUUUGAGAACACAGGUCCUCCCCCUGCAGAGAAAGAGAAAAUCUCCUCCCUCCCCACGGUUAUUGUUUCUCAGGAACAGGCUGACAGCAGUUUGGAGUGUCCAGUGUGUAAGGAGGACUACACAGUCGGGGAGCCAGUCAGGCAGCUGCCCUGUAAUCACUUCUUCCACAGUGACUGCAUUGUGCCCUGGCUAGAACUGCAUGACACAUGUCCGGUAUGCAGGAAGAGUUUGAGUGGAGGGGACAGUGGCAAUCAGCCACCCUCAGAGCCCUCCUCUGUAAACACCGAGCCCCGCACACAGGAGAGAUGGUCCUACUGAGAGACGCCCAUACAUGCUUCAUUUCAUCUCUGCUCUAUUUCUGUCUAACUCACAACGCACUCAACGUGUGAGGAUUUGCCACUGUUUGGCAUUCCCUGUCUUAAUGCCAGCCUCUCUCUCUCCAUUUCUGAUCUUACCACUGUUGUAUGGUUUACUAUGGCUUGUUUACGGUUUUACUUUUUACCCCUCAUGCUUUCUCUGUCGUGGCCUGUCUUUAGUCUUCUUUCUGUCUUUGCAUCGACACACUUUUCAUUAAUUUAGAGGUGUUUGCAUUUGAUUACACCUCUUGUCCUGGUGUCUGCUUUCCCAGGCUACUGACUCUGAAGACCGCACACGCUCACCAGUCACUACAUGAGCCAGCCCCUCUUCUAGAAUGUGCAGUGUUAUGCACUUUCUAUGAAGCUAAACUGUACAUGCUACACAGAGCCAGCCCUUAUUCAGUCUAAUAUCUAUAAGGGUUCACGGUUUCCCCAGGCCCAUUUUACUGAUUGCUCACUGUUUAGCACACCUGUUCACUGGGUCACCGCGUCCUGUCUUGGUAGUUGCUACCAGUUUCAGAGCGCUUUUUUCCUCUUCCUCUUGCCAUCUGUGCGCUUGUCCCAGGUGUAUAUAUAUCACAGGCACACAUGGUGUCCGUCUCAUCCCCCUAACACCCACCCACUGGCAUCACUCAUUUUCUUUUUUUGUAAAUAAUUUUAGUUCGAAUACUCAUUCAAAGAAAAAACAAGGAAAGGAAUACUGAAUAUAAAAUGGCAAAUCCCUAAAUAUUAAAAUAUAUAUUAUAUAAACGAUGUGUUGUCAGUUAUGUAUUCAUAAUAAAACUGAAUAAAAAUCAGUUAACUGUUGAUCUUGCUAAGAGGUUUACAGAAAUUUUUACAUGAAAUGUAGGUGUGUGUAUGUGUGUGUGUGUGUGUGUAUAUAUAUAUAUAUAUAUAUAUAUGUAUUUAUAGAUAUAUAUGUGUGUGUGUGUGUGUGUAUAUAUAUAUAUAUAUAUAUACAUACACACACACACACUCACACACAUACAUACUGUAUAUAUACAAGAGCCAAGGACACCAUCUGAUUAUUGUUUAAUUGAAGUGCUUUGUAGGUUGGUUUAUCUACAACGUCCAGUUAAAAUGAUAACAGACCAUUUCAAUGUCCUUUUUUUUCUUAUCUCAUGUGGUGCAUUUUAAUAUCUAUUUAAUAACGAUCAGUUUGAUGCAUAAAUAACUCAUUUUCCACAUUUGCAUCCUGAUAAGUUGCCGUUGGUUAAACACAAGGGCACGGGUGCUUGCAUUCUAUUGAGAAGCAAUAGCGGAUAGCCGUGUAACGAUAUUAAUGAAAUUCAUGUAAUGAAAGUCAGACGUGGAUCAUAAAGGUUACUGUUGUUUGUAUUUGAACUGUAGCCUCUUACAUUCCUCUGACUAAGCUGUCUGUCAUUGUGUAUGCAUUUUCAAUACUUCACAAGACCCCUUAAAAAAACCCCAAUGCUGUUUUCUUAAGCUCAUAGCAGCCUUUAUUGUCAGAACCUCAUGGAAACUGUUUCCAUCCAAUUAUGUACACAUUGCUUCAAACUGUCUACCAAAUUAUCACAUUAAAAGCAGGUCAAGCACA